AUGUUGAAUCGGCACGGUACUCGUCUUGAUAUUGGCACGCCUGAAGAUGUUGCCGAAUUAGACGCUGUGGAAGCCAUGCACCGCGGUAGUGGUGUUGGACAGGUAGAUGAUGCCAUGUACGAUUUCCAACACCGGCAUUCACAACAACAACAACAACAACAUUACACAUUCUGGCCACAACAACAACAACAACAUUCACAAUCACAUGAGAUGCCAGUGGGUUUACGGGGUGCUAUCAGAAGAAGUAUGACAACCGGCUCAAAUGCGAGUAGUAACAGCGAUACGCCACAACCCCAUUGA